CAUAGGAUACUCCGUUGCUGUUGGGCAUUUUAAUAAAGACGGAAUCACAGAUUAUGUUGUUGGCGUCCCAAAUGAUUUGCACACCGCAGGCUCUGUUAAAAUAAUAAAUGGAGUAGCUGUGCCCCUGGAAAUCAUGAAGACAAUUGGUGGCAUCCAGAUAGCAUCUUAUUUUGGACAUACUGUGGCAGUAACGGACAUCAACAGAGAUGGGUGGGAUGAUAUCCUGAUCGGAGCACCUCUUUUUAUGGAGCAGUUAUCCACUCAGAAAUUUCGAGAAGUGGGACAAGUCUAUGUUUACCUGCAAAGAAAGGACUUCUCCUUCUCCUCCAGACCCAACCAGAUCCUGACAGGGAUGUAUGCCUAUGGGCGUUUUGGCAGUGCUAUAGCCCCAUUGGGAGACAUCAACCAUGAUAGCUUUAAUGAUGUGGCUGUUGGAGCACCUGGUUCUGGUGAAGGGGGCCAAGUGUUUAUUUACCUGGGCCAGAGUGAUGGUUUGACUAACCAGUAUGUUCAGGUCAUUGAAAGCCCAUUUAAAACCCUCAAGGAUCCUCCAAUGUUUGGCUUCAGCAUGAGAGGAGGGACAGAUAUUGAUGAUAAUGGAUAUCCAGAUCUCAUUGUUGGCGCUUGGGGUGCGAGCAAAGUGGCAACCUACAGGUAAGAGUUUAAAAUAAUC